UAUACUCAUAAUAUACAACACACACAGUCACACACCGGACCGGAGAAACACUGUUACACAAACAUCUACACACAAAUUAUAGAUUAUAUACAUACAGAGAUGAAGAAGCUGACGAAUUGGCUGUUGAUAAUGGCGAUGAGGCCGAGACUGACCGGAGAGGAGUCGUCGUCGAUAGAAUUCGGGACGUUUUUGUGGUACGUGUACGCCGGAGUUUCGUGUGCGCUUGUUCUGUUCGCCGGAAUAAUGUCGGGGCUUACCUUGGGAUUGAUGUCGCUCGGUCUCGUCGAGCUCGAGAUUCUCCAGCGGAGCGGUUCUCCCAAGGAGAAACAACAAGCUGCGGUAAUCCUUCCAGUUGUUCAGAAGCAGCACCAGCUACUUGUGACGUUGCUCCUCUGUAAUGCUGCAGCCAUGGAGGCCUUGCCUCUAUAUCUGGAUAAGAUUUUCAAUCAGGUUGUGGCGAUCUUGCUCUCUGUAACUUUUGUUCUAUUCUUUGGAGAGGUUAUUCCUCAGGCAAUUUGUACUAGAUAUGGACUUGCUGUAGGUUCUAACCUUGUUUGGCUCGUGCGCUUUUUGAUGAUAAUUUGCUAUCCAAUUUCUUACCCUAUUGGGAAGAUUCUUGAUUGGGUCUUAGGACACAAUGAAGCACUAUUUCGGCGAGCUCAAUUAAAAGCCCUUGUUUCUAUCCACAGUAAAGAUGAAGGGAAAGGAGGUGAGCUUACACAUGAUGAAACAACGAUUAUUAGCGGUGCACUAGACUUAACUGAGAAGACUGCUCAGGAAGCGAUGACACCAAUUGAGUCAACAUUUUCUUUGGAUGUCAAUUCAAAACUGGACUGGGAGGCAAUGGGAAAAAUUCUUGCUAGGGGUCACAGCCGUGUUCCUGUAUAUUCUGGAAACCCGAAGAACAUAAUUGGUCUUCUACUGGUGAAAAGUCUUCUAACAGUGAGGGCAGAAACUGAGACCCCUGUCAGUGCUGUUUCUAUCCGAAGGAUACCACGGGUUCCUGCGAAUAUGCCUCUAUAUGACAUACUGAAUGAAUUUCAAAAGGGUAGCAGUCAUAUGGCAGCUGUUGUAAAAUCCAAAAAAAACAUGAAACCUCCAUCAGUGGAUGAAGAUAAAAUAAUGGAUGUAACAAUAACUGAAGAGAGUUCUCAGUCAAGUUCCUUGCUGUCUAAGCGGGAGAAGUUGGAUAGCGUUAUUGUUGAUAUUGAGAAAGCUCCAACUGGUGCUAAUGGUAACUUGCAGAUUGCUGUAAAUAGCGAUACAAAUAAUACUGGGAACACUAAUUUGAUAGAGGAGGUUGAGGAUGGAGAAGUUAUCGGAAUCAUCACUUUAGAAGAUGUAUUUGAAGAACUUCUGCAGGAGGAGAUAGUAGAUGAGACAGAUGAAUAUGUUGAUGUACAUAAAAGGAUACGCGUCGCUGCUGCUGCAGCUGCUUCUUCAGUGGCACGUGCCCCAUCAAUUCGAAAAAUGAAUGCCUUAAAAGGAGCUGGAGGCCAAAGUAGGAAAGGGAUGACUCCAGGGAAGGUAAAUGAAGACAACUCAAAUUCAACAGGGAUACAAGGAAGUCUAGCUGAGCCUCUGCUUGGUAAGAAACAAUGAGAAUUGUGUCGGAGUUUAGGUUGCAGGAUGAGUUCUUGGAGGGAAAUGGUUCAUAGUUUCAUAGUUGGGUGACUUGGGUCAUAGUUUCUGUAGACUAAGUUUAAGUUCUUCAAACAUGGAUGUUGUUGCCCUCGUGAUGUUAAGUUUAUAAUGGCUGCUUUCUAUGUGCUCUUGCAGUUGGGGUGAUUACUACUCAUUGAUGUAGUUGCAUCUUGAACCCAACUACAAGAGUUCUUAGGUUCAUUAUAAAGUACCAGUGUAUGUUUGAUGUAUGAAGAAUGUAGUACCUAAGGACAUGGGUUUUUUUUUUUUUUGGUAACAAAUGAUAUAUCAGUAUCAUUUGUUUUCCAGAUCACUAUAGGAUGAAAGAAGCUUACUUUUUUUUUAUCUAUGUUAGUUUUCCCUCUUUAAAUACAGUGUUGUUCUUGCUC